AUGAAAAAUAUCAUCGAGUUCAAAAAGAACGACGAGCACUAUCAUCUGGCUUGUACGGCUGCUUGGGAACACCAACACAAAGCCUUGGGUGUUAAAAAGGGUGACGGUUUGGGCCAAGGGCGGACAUUGAAACUAAACUCUGGAUAUUAA